CCAUGGUCACCCUCUUGGGCUUCUCAGAAUAUCCUGACCUCCAGGUUCCCUUGUUCCUGGUUUUCCUCACCGUCUAUGCAGUCAGCGUGGUGGGGAACCUGGGCAUGAUCACCAUCAUCAGGAUCAGUCCCAAACUCCACACUCCCAUGUACUUUCUUCUCAGUCACUUGUCCUUUGUUGAUUUCUGCUAUUCCACCACAGUUACAGCCAAACUCUUGGAGAAUUUGGUUGUGGAAGACAGAACCAUCUCGUUCACGGGAUGCAUCAUGCAAUUCUCCUUGGCUUGUAUGUUUGCAGUGGCAGAGACAUUCAUGUUGGCAGUGAUGGCCUAUGACCAAUUUGUGGCCGUUUGUAAGCCUCUACUCUACACAGCAGUCAUGUCCCCAAAGCUCUGUGCAUCGUUAGUGGCCUGUCCCUACACGUGGGAGACACUCACCUGUUCUCUCCUGGAAUUAUCCUUCUGUGGGUCUAACAUCAUAAAUAAUUUUCUCUGUGAGCACUCUGUCAUUGUCUCCGUCUCCUGCUCUGAUCCCUUCAUCAGCCAAGUGCUCUCUUUUGCCAUUGCAGUAUUCAGUAAGGUGAGCAGCCUGGCAAUUAACCUCACUACUUAUAUUUCCAUAUUUGGCACUUUGUUAAAAAUGCCUGCUGCUGCUGCUGCUGUGUCCAAAUAA